AUGACAAAGGUUGUGGGUCAAAAAAACCUCUUGGGUGACAUUGAGUGUGUCAAGGGACUGUCAUUCAAAGCGAUCGAGCUAGUAACAAAAACCACAGAAGAAGACAAAAGCAAUAAUUAUGCAGAGGCUUUUAGGCUGUAUGAAUCAGCCGUGGGAAAAUUUCCUUCAUGCUAUGAAAUGUUUAUCGUGUCACACAUUAACGACCCCAAACAUUGGAUGAGGUUUCCUUUAAUGAACGGCAAAGGACCCUUUGUGCCAAGCCCACACUUUUCACAGGAAAGAGACAAGCAUGGAGGGGCAUUUUGUUUUUUGGGGGGUAAGAAGUUGAGUCUUUGGGCAGGGGUUAAAUUUUGGCACGGGCUCUUGAUCCCCCGGUACGGUAAAACAAAAAAGAACAUUUGUCUCACAGGGGUUGGAAAUCAGAAUGAUGGUGUGUUAGUUUUGGGUGCUACAAACAUCCCAUGGACACUUGACUCUGCUAUCAGGAGAAGGUUUGAGAAGAGAAUCUACAUCCCGCUGCCAGAGAAACAUGCUCGCAAGAACAUGUUCAUGCUCAAUCUGGGAGACACACCUCAUUGUCUCGCAAACGAAGACUUUGACUAUUUAGGUCAAGUCACAGAAGGAUUCUCAGGUGCAGAUAUCAGCAUUGUUGUGCGUGAUGCCUUGAUGCAGCCAGUGCGCAAAGUCCAGACAGCAACCCACUUCAAAAAGGUCUCAGGGCGCUCCCGUGACGACCCCAAUGUUGUUGUUCACGAUUACCUAAUGCCCUGUUCCCCGGGUGAUCCACAAGCUUUUGAGAUGACUUGGGAACAGGUGCCCAGUGACAAGUUAUAUGAACCUGAAGUGACUAUGGCUGAUAUGAAAGUGCUUAAUGACUAACCUUCAGUAAACCAAGCUGACCUGGACAAGCUUCGCAGUUUACAGAAGAGUUUGGGACAAGAGGGUUAGGUGUUGUGUGUCUUGAGAAAUAUAAUAUCUUUUUAUCCAGUUCUGCAUUUUGCAUGAAUAUCGUCCAUUAUUACUGAAAGUCCAGGAGAAGGAGAAAAAAAACAUAAAAAUUUAAAUUGAACAAGAGACUCUCUGAAACAGAGGUAUAGUUUAUCUAGUACAAGUAUGACAUGAUUAGUUGGUUAUCCAGAUAUAAAUAAAGUGAUUAUUUAAAGAUAAGAAUUUGUUUAUAUGAUUAUAUUCACCUUUUCAUUCAUUAUUACUUAGAUAGCAUUACAAAAGCCUUCUGAAUUUAAAUAUUUGCCUUUUUAAAAUUAUUUUGCAUUAUAAAGAUGAUAUAUUCAUUCAUGUUAGGAUUUUAAUGUUUUGUGUGUUUACAUUAGUUUGUUUUAUUAUUCUAACUGUUUUUCUCUUAUUAUUAAUACUGGAUAAUCAACAUGUUUAUUGGGCAUACAUUGGCAACAUACAUCACAUUUUAUAGACUCUUACUUUUUUCUUUCUGUCUUUCUUAUUUUUUAUCUAAGGUUUCUUCCUGGUUUAUUUUAUUUCACUAGUUCAUACUCGCAUACUCACAUAAAAAACACUACACAAAUAGACCUCGUUUUUUAUUAUUAUUUUACAAAGUUCAUUUACCUCUUUGGAUGGAAAAUUAAAGUGUCAGGUUAAUUACAAACAUAAUCAUCUCAUAAUUGCUUGUAUAUUUGUAUGUAUCUUAACAAUUUAGUCUUAUAACAGACAUGCUCUUGUUGAUUCAGUAAUAAGUAAAAAAAAAAAAAAGAAAAAAGAAAAAAAUUAUAUCAGGGUUGUUCAAUGAUGGUCUUAGUUUAGUUCCCAUUGAUUAUUAUUAAUUUUUCCCAUUUUAUGUAUUUUUUUAUGUAUCUUCCUGACUGAGGAGAAACAAGUGAAAUUGUAGUAAGUGAAGGGUAUGUGAUAUUUAUCUUGAUGGUUAUGUAAAGAUUUUUACUUUUCUGUGUGAUUUCUUUGACAAAGAAAAAGAAAAGAACUUAAAUAAAGUCAAUGAAUAGAAGUGUUUACAUGUUUUCUGUAGGUAAUAUUAGUUUUAUUUUUAUGUACAUCUCAUCAGUAGGUAAUUUUAUAUGCAAGACCAUCAUUAUGUCAUAAGUGAUUAUUUGUAGGAAUGCAGAGCAAGUGGGUCACUAAAAUUAGCGCUUUCAGUUCAAUUCUUUACAGUUUCCAUAAUUACUUAACUUGUAUAUAGCAGUAUUUCAGCUAGGCUCUAUGUUUAGGUGACCCACCAAUAUUACUGUAGGUCUUAUUUACCAGUGGUUAGGGUAGCUUGUGUGAUGAACAAGAGAUGCUUGUUAUUUCAUAACACAAAAAUGUAUAUGAAUAAGAGAAUUUAAAGAAAAUGUUUAUGUAACUAUGGUUAAAUAAAAAUGACAAAGACUA